AUGGAAUGCAUCCGACAGAAUGAUGACUGCAAACUCGAGAUCGUGACCAAGACGGCGUAUGUGUUUCAAUCAGUGAUGGCGCUCUCUCUUUUUAAUUUAUACGGAGAGUUCAAGCUGAUGGCCAAGGCUGUUCGAACUGCUUUUAGAUGCGCCAAAGAGAUGGCAAAUCUGGUGAAGCACCUCAGCAAAUUCGUGCGUAACAUCAUGGUAACAGACCCGCAAACAACUCAAGAGAAAGCGCUGGAUGUAUUGUACCAAACGGACAAUGUGGUCUUUGAUAUCCCAGUCACAAUCGCGGAAUGCAUGGGUAUCGUCGUCAAGGCCGACCCCAUCCGAUAUUACGACAAAAUAACAAACACGGCCGAGUUAAUCUUACGACAAGUGAUGGCCGACAAGGAAUCAAUUCUCGAGAGCUGGGACUCGUUCAAGACUUUUAUGAAAAAAGUUGCGCUUGGCGAGUCGAUUUCAGAUCUGAAAAGCUCCGAGAUCACGUCGCUACAGCGAGCCAUGAAGUCCGACUCAACCUGUGGCUACGAUAUGAAGCGCAUUGCCGACCGCACAUGGAUGACUGUCUUAUCUCUUCGCAACCAGAACCCUCAAAUGUCUGAAAAUGAACUUCGUGUCUACAUGAGCAAAUCACACCUUGUGUUGCACGAUAUCCCAGUUGCAACCAACAAUUGUAUGGAUGAGCUGAUUGCUGAAUCAGGUGAAGCCAAAGCUUAUCAGACUCGAAAUAUGCUACGAACGACGUUAGGAGUUAUAGUGGAGGACCUUAUCAAGUCGGGGACAAGUAGUAACGGCACGUACCUGACUGCUGAGCACUACGCGUACAAGAUUGCUGACAAGGCUGCUUCUUUUUAUGGUGUAUGGGACAUCAAGGGCAUCGGCAACGUAAUCGGUGAAUUUCUCCAGACAAUCUGCGGACCGACGAAGUUUAUCGGAGAAAUUGAUGAUGGCCCUGCCAAUAAUUCGCUAGGACUGAAAACGGAUGGCAAGGCGUUCAAAGGCAGUUCUGGACGUUGGUCCAAGGAAGGCGAUGGGGUAGUCACCUUGACGUUCCAGAGUGAAGAUACAAAGGAUGUGACCGUAAAUAUUCACUCCGGUGGUGGCAAAAUCGACGAGGUAGACGUGUCCAGAGGUUGCUCUGCGACUUGGACCUCCAACGUGACAGCUUUGGGAGGUAAAACACUUUACUUGGAUCGUUGGCGACCAGGCUUUCUGGGUCUUCCUGGCACAGGAGGCGGGUCGUUGGUACUUUGGACACCUCAAGCUACGGAAAGCGGGGGUCAUUUGAACUUGAAAGUGAAAUUAAACGCUAGCUAG